AUGUCAGCAAGUACCCAGAAAGUGAAAUAUCCAUUUUGGUAUGGUGGUGCCUCUAGUAUGGUGGCAUGCCUUGUCACCCAUCCACUUGAUUUGGCAAAAGUUAGGUUGCAAACUGCGUCUAAGCCUGGCCAAUCAUUAGUAUCCAUGGUUUAUCAGAUAAUCACCAAAGAAGGUUUCUUCAAAAUCUACUCCGGAUUGACAGCCUCAUUGUUGAGACAAGCAACAUAUUCAACUGUUAGAUUUGGAGUAUACGAAUAUUUGAAGGAUCUGUAUGUGGAUACGUACCACAGAACCCCGGACACCGUAGUAUUGCUCCCCAUGUCAAUGGUGGCCGGUGCCUUAGGGGGUUUGGUAGGAAAUCCUUCUGACGUGGUCAAUAUUCGAAUGCAAAACGAUUCAACUCUCCCAGUUGAGCAGAGAAGGAACUAUAGAAAUGCAUUCGACGGGGUUUUUAGAAUUGUUAAAGAAGAGAAGAUUUCUGCCUUGUUUAGGGGGUUGAUGCCUAAUUUGACUAGAGGGAUUUUAAUGACGGCUUCGCAGGUGGUUACAUACGAUAUUGCCAAAAACAUUUUGGUUAAAGAUAUAGGUAUGGAUGCUAAUAAGAAAUCUACUCAUUUUAGUUCUUCAUUAUUGGCAGGUCUCGUGGCCACUACCGCAUGUUCACCAGCUGAUGUGGUAAAGACUAGAAUUAUGAAUGCCAAAGGGGGAGGCUCAAACGCCUUGACCAUUUUGAAAACCGCUGUUAAGAACGAAGGCAUUGGAUUUAUGUUCAGAGGAUGGUUGCCUUCUUUCAUCAGGUUAGGUCCACAUACAAUUGUGACAUUUUUGGCUUUGGAACAAUUAAGGAAGUUCAAAAUUGGCAUGUAG